AUGGCACAGCGCGUGACCGUGUUUGGCAUGACAUCGGCGGAGAAGCCCUCCGAAGAUGUUCAGACCAAGUUGGCUGUGCUGUAUCCCAAGCAGGAGCUGAGCGCCAAGGAGAAGAAGAAGAUCCAGAAGAUGGAGAAGUUCCUGAAGAAGCAGCAGCAGAAGGAGCAGCAGGCCGCCGUCGCCGGCUCUGACAGCAAGAAGAAGGACAAGAAGAAGAAGAAGAAGAAGGCCGAAGACACGUUCGUGUACAAGCCCGUGCAGCCCGGCGAGAAGAAGAACCUGGACGACAUGCCCUCCCAGUAUCACCCUGACAUGGUGCAGCGCGACUGGUACGAGUGGUGGACCAAGCAGGGCUUCUUCAAACCCGAGUACAAUGAGGGCCACGAGAAGAUUGCCUGCCCGUGCGAGAAGAAGUCGUACACGCUCGUGAUUCCUCCUCCCAACGUCACGGGCUCACUCCAUAUGGGUCACGCCCUCACCAACUCCAUCGAGGACACCCUCACCCGCUGGAACCGCCAGUGCGGCAAGCGCACCCUGUGGAACCCCGGCUGCGACCACGCUGGCAUUGCCACGCAGUCUGUGGUUGAGAAGAAGCUUUGGCGGGAAAAGCAGCUGCGGCGGCAGGACCUUGGCCGCGAGAAGUUCCUUGACCUCGUCUGGCAGUGGAAGGAAGAGAAGGGCGGGUUCAUCUACAAGCAGAUCAAGUACCUCGGCGCGUCGUGCGACUGGGACCGCGAGGCGUUCACCAUGUCCGACCGCUGCUGCCGCGCCGUCAAGGAGGCCUUUAUCCGCAUGCACGAGGACGGUAUCAUCAUGCGCAAGAAGAAGCUCAUCAACUGGAGCUGCCACCUCAACUCGGCCAUCAGUGAGAUUGAGGUGGACAAGGUCGACAUUGCCGGCCGCACGCUCGUGUCCGUGCCCGGUCUCGACGAGAAGGUCGAAGUUGGUGUCAUCACCUCCUUUGCCUACAAGCUCAAGGGCGGCGACGACGAGAUUGUCGUGGCCACAACGCGGCCGGAGACGAUGCUUGGUGAUGUUGCCAUUGCUGUGCAUCCCGAGGACCCGCGCUACGCGAGCUACGUCGGCAAGACGGCCCUUCACCCCUUCAUCCCAGACAGAGAGCUGGUGAUUGUUGCGGACGACUUUGUUGACCGCGAGUUUGGAACCGGCGCCGUCAAGAUCACCCCUGCACACGACCCCAACGAUUUCGAGUGCGGUGUGCGCAACAACCUGCCGAUGAUCACCGUGAUCACAAAGGACGGCAAGAUUGCGCCCGGCUGCGGCGAAUUCUCCGGGAUGCACCGGUUCACGGCGCGGCGCGUUGUGAUUGAGCGGCUGAAGGAGAAAGGGCUGUACCGCGGCGACGCCGAGAACCCAAUGGUGAUCCCACGCUGCUCCCGCUCCUCGGACAUCUGCGAACCGCUGCUCGAGACGCAGUGGUUUGUCAACUGCGACGGCAUGGCCAAGACCGCCGUCGACGCCGUCAAGAGCGGAGAGCUGCGGCUGAUCCCGGCGAACCAGGAGAAGACGUGGUUCCACUGGCUCGAGUCCCCACGCGACUGGUGCAUCUCCCGCCAGCUCUGGUGGGGCCACCGCAUUCCCGCAUACUUUGUCUCCGUCAACGACGAUGCUGUGCCAAAGGGCACCUCUGACGACAACAAGUACUGGGUGUCCGGCCACGACGAGGAUGAGGCCCGCGCCAAGGCUGCAAAGCGGUUUGGCGUCGACCCAAGCAAGAUCACGCUCACCCAGGACGAGGAUGUGCUUGACACGUGGUUCAGCUCUGGCAUCUUCCCCAUCUCCAUCUUUGGCUGGCCGGAUAACACGCCUGACUUGCAAAAGUUCUACCCGGGCGACCUGCUGGAGACCGGCUACGACAUUCUCUUCUUCUGGGUUGCGCGCAUGGUCAUGAUGUGCACCUAUCUCACGGGCAAGCUUCCAUUCAAGGAUGUGUACCUGCACCCGAUUAUCCGGGACAAGGAGGGCGUGAAGAUGUCCAAAUCGCGCGGCAAUGUCAUUGACCCAACCGACGUGUGCACGGGCAUCACCCUUGAAGGUCUUCACGAGCGCCUCGCACAGGGCAACCUCGACCCGCGCGAAAUUGAGCGCGCAAAGGAGCUGCAGAAGCGCCAGUUCCCACAGGGCAUCAAGGAGUGCGGUGUGGAUGCGCUGCGGUUCACGCUGUGUGCGCUGGUGACGCCCGGCCGCGACAUCAACCUCGAUGUCAACCGCAUCUUUGGGUACCGCACAUUCUGCAACAAGGUGUACAAUGGCGUGAAGCUUGUCAUGUCCAAGCUUGGGCCCGACUUCAAGCCGGCAGAGUAUGGCAAGCUCCUUGGGGACGAGAGCGAGCUGGACCUGUGGAUGCUGAGCCGUCUCUCCACAUGCAUCCGCGACAUGAACAAGCAACUGGAGGAGUAUGAUCUUGUGGGCAGCACUACCUCCAUCUACAACCUCUGGCUGUACGAAUUCUGCAACUUUUACCUCGAAGUUGUCAAGCCUGUGUUCCAGGACGACCAGUACAAGCACCGCCGCAACACCGUGCAGAACGUCAUGUACACGGUCGCCGAGUCUGGCCUCAGGCUGCUGUCCAUCUUCAUGCCGUUCCUGUGCGAGGAGCUGUGGCAGCGUCUCCCCCGCCGAAAGGCAACAAACGACCUCGUGGUGCCGGCGUCCGUGUGUGUCGCCGCAUACCCGUACACCCCCCUCCACAUCAACGAGGACAUUGAGAAGAAGAUUGCCAUUCUUCACGCCAUUGUCGGUCGCGCGCGCUCGCUCAAGUCGUCGCUGCACGCCCCUUCUGCCCGCCCGAAACUCCUCAUUCGCGGCACCACCGCCGCCACGACGGCCGUGUGCGAGGAGUAUGCUGUUGACGUGGCCCAGCUCGUCCGUGCAGACGUCGCCAUUCUCCCCGCAAAGGAGGCGCCCCCUGCGGACUUUGAGCCGUCGCCGGAACAGGACGAGUUUGAGGUGUUUAUGGCCCGCAAGUGA